AUGGCAAAGAAUGAUAAGAUAUUCCAAAAGAAGCUGUGGCUAGGGGGAUUCAGUGCCAAUGCAUCAACAAAAAGACAACCAGAGUUAGUGGAAGGAAAUCUUCCUGUUUCUGUGUUUCCCACGGAGCUACUAUUUUACACAGAUGAUGAGUCAACACAUAAGCAAGUGUUAAUUCUGUAUGAUCCCUAUGAGUUUGCCUCAAAGUUCAAAGUUUUAUGUAUGACUCCAAGUAAGUAUGUUGUCGUUGAUGCUGCAGGUGCGGUAAAGCCUCAGUGUUGUGUGGUUAUUGUGAUUCGUCACAGAGAUGUUAGAUCCCGUCACUAUGGUAUAGUAGACAAAGUCCGCCUCCCAGUUUCUGAGCGAAGCCAGAGGAAAGCUUUGGGAAGGAAAGAGGUGGUUGCUACUCUCCUCCCAUCUGUAAAAGAAUAACACAAGGAAAAAUAGGAAAAAAGAAUAAAGGAACAUUUAAGUGAAAGUUUAUUUUUUGAGCAGUCGUUUCAACCGGAAAACAGAGCUGUCUCCUUGGGACCUAGUUUACUAACUGUCUUCCUGGGAGCAGUGUGCACUGCAGCCCUGAUGCUGCCUACACUGGAUGUGGAAUCACUGGUGCCUCCUCCUCUCUACCUCCAAUUAAGUGUGAAUCAAAAAUUAGUAGCUGCUUAUAUCUUAGGUCUUAUUACAAUGGCUCUGCUUAGAACAUGA